ACGGAAAUGACGCCAUGCCGCGCGACCUUAGGAUGGUUAUAUGUUCUGAAGUGCAUUAGAGGUGCGUGUGCGUCCGCCGCAGUCUGUAAAACCGUUUUAUUGGUCCUCGGAGGAUGGUGCUAUCGCGUUGCGUUCAUACAUGAAGCUCGGAGAGGUCAUUUCCCUGCCGGUUUUUAAAACCUCGCGUCCAUGAGAGACUGCUGACCCGGUUUUUGCGCACGCGCUCCGUUACCGGCCAGUGGCGGGACGCGCACGAGCACCGGUGGCUCACCGUGAUUUUAGUUGUUGUAUGUUUUAUUUAGGGUUUAACUCUCCGCACAGAUUCGCUGUUUAAGUUAGUUAAACUGAGUUUUUGCUGGGUUAGGUUAGUUAGUGAGUUAUUCUGGUUUAGUUAGUUCAGGUUUAAAUCUCAGCGCAAGUGAGUUGGGUUUGGGUUAGUGAGGAUUGUUUUAAUGUUGGUCAGGAUUAGUUUGGUUGUAAACCACAGCAUGGGUAUGUUGGCUUAGGAGUCAGGUUGAAUCAGAUCAGCACAGGGCUGUUGGGUUUAGUUCAGUUUGACUUGAAAGGUGUGUUGAGUUAAAGAUAGUUCAUCUGUCAGCUAGGUUUAGUUCAGUUUGAAAUCACAAUUGUUUGGUCAAAUUUAGGUUGUGUUGAGUUAAAGCAAGUUUGGUUUGUGUGUGUUGGGUUUAGAUAGUUUUCAUUGAAAUCACAGGUGGGUCAGGUUUAGUUCAGGUUUAGUUUAAGCUCUGCAGUGAUGGCUAAAGGCGAGUGGAAGAGGUCUGGUGCUGAUGAUCUCCCGUUAACCGAACGGUCUGAGUGUGAAGUGUUCGAUGAUGGAACCAAUACAUUCUUCUGGAGGGCACAUACUCUGACAGUGCUAUUCAUCCUGACAUGUGUUCUAGUUUAUGUGACACUGUUGGAGGAAACACCACAUGACACUGCGUACAACACUAAAAGAGGAAUUGUGGCUAGUAUUCUGGUGUUCCUUUGUUUCGGAGUAACACAAGCUAAAGAUGGUCCCUUCACACGUCCUCACCCAGCAUACUGGCGUUUCUGGCUGUGCGUUUCGGUUGUGUAUGAACUCUUCCUCAUCUUCAUCCUGUUUCAGACAGUGCAUGAUGGCAGGCAGUUUAUGAAGUAUAUCGACCCUAAACUGGGCGUCCCUCUUCCUGAAAGAGAUUAUGGUGGAAACUGUCUCAUUUAUGACCCCGGUCACCCUGCUGACCCCUACCACAAUAUCUGGGACAAAAUGGAUGGAUUUGUUCCUGCCCAUUUUCUUGGCUGGUACAUUAAGACGCUGGUGAUCAGGGACUGGUGGAUGUGUAUGAUCAUCAGCGUGAUGUUUGAGUUCCUGGAGUACAGCCUUGAACACCAGCUGCCCAACUUCUCAGAGUGCUGGUGGGACCAUUGGAUCAUGGAUGUGUUGAUUUGUAACGGUUUGGGCAUUUACUGUGGCAUGAAGACUCUCGGUUGGCUCUCCAUGAAACCCUACCAGUGGCAGGGAUUGUGGAACAUUCCAACAUACAAGGGGAAAAUUAAGCGUAUUGCUUUCCAGUUUACCCCAUACAAUUGGGUGAAGUUUGAAUGGCGUCCCGCAUCUAAUCUGCGAAGGUGGCUGGCGGUGCUGGGUAUUAUUUUCAUGUUCUUAUUGGCAGAGCUGAAUACCUUUUAUCUGAAGUUUGUGUUGUGGAUGCCUCCUGAACAUUAUCUGGUGCUUUUGCGGCUCAUCUUCUUUGUGAACGUGGGUGGAGUGGCAAUGAGAGAGAUCUACGACUUCAUGGAUGAUCCGAAAUUCUAUAAAAAGUUGGGCCAGCAAGCGUGGAUUGUGGCGACCAUUACUGUUACGGAGUUUUUGAUUGUGGUCAAAUAUGAUCCAAAAACCAUUAUGCUGCCAAUCCCCUUCUUCGUCACACAGUGCUGGACCCUCGGAAUCGUCCUCAUCUUCUUUUGGACCUUGUGGCGGUUCUUCAUCCGUGACAUCACACUCCGAUACAAAGAAACACGCCAGCGCAGACAGGAAGGGUCUUCGGAGCAGGAUAGGGUCCCUGGACACGCCGAUGGCAGCAAUUUGGCCACAUCUGGCCGUAGUAAACUAAACGGCAGUAUGGACGCAGUCCGACACAGGAAGUCAUGAAUCCAUCCUUGCACACACAAAUAGCCAUGCGCUGCACAUCGCAAACGGACACACGUUUGUGUUUAUAAUCUUGUACAGAUCAUGCCAAUGCUCAUGGUGUCUGUCGAGCAGCAUCCAGAUAGAUGAUGCCAUCAUUGUCUUUACUCACAGAGAGCUUUGUUGUAUAUUUUAGGAAAAAUAUGUCUUUGUAGCUGUUACAUAGGUGAGGCGUUUAGAGUUUGGGGGUCCACUUUUCCUCUGGUUUUGAGUUUAGUGAUCAGGAAAAAACGUUUCGAUGCAGAACACUAUGCAGUGAACUAACAGAGGAAGUGCACAUACAGCCAUUUAUGAAUAAAAAGUUAUUUUUAAGUUACAUUUAGCAGGUAGGAACACAGGAAGUAGUUCCAAAACAUCCUGCAUGAACUAUAACACUAUAUUUAAAAAGCUAUAAGAAUGUAAUUAUUUAAUCUGCUGUGUCCUUCUGCUACGUUUAGGAUGCUGAAGGAAGUUAGCGUGCCUGUUACACAAGCACCUCACACGCGGAUAUUUCUUCGGACGUGUUUAACAUGGGUCAGUGCCGUGACUGGACCAAAAACGAAGAACUUUACUUUCUGUUUGCAUGCGUGAAUGUGUGCGUGAGACCAUAACGGCCAAAUCAUUCAUCAUGCUGAUGCUGUUUUUAUUUCUGCAGGGUAAUCACAUACUGAAACUUAAUGUUUUGGAUUUGAUAAAUAAUAAUAAUAAAAUAAAAUAAAAAAAUCAGGAAGUCAUCCAAAGUGUAUGCUGUAAGUAUAUCAGGCUGUUUGUGUAUCUGGUCACAGUGAGUGGGUUGUUAGCUGUUGUGUUGUGGUAGUGCAUCCAAACAAGGCCUGAUCUGAUGUAUCAAAGGCCAUUAUAAUCUUACUGUGAAUGUAAAGAUCUUGCACUAGUUCGAUUUAAGCGCCAAUGCCUGAGCUGUUACUGUUUAGUAUCAUGUUACUGAAGGUGUUUAGGGAUUAGUUUUGAUUUAACCGUAAGGGGAAAGUUUAAAUCGCACUAAAUGUUCUCAUAUAAAUGAUCAGGAUUGUCUUUCUGAAGUCUUUGUGGGACCAUUUGAUGAUAUGUCUGCCUCUGCUUAUAGUGGUUCAUGUAAACUUUACGUAGAAAUGAACAACCGAGUACAUAUUUUAUAAUGUUUUCAAUAAAUAAAAAGGAGUUCUUACUCUUAAACUG